AUGUUGACGUUAUGGGCUCAUAAUAACAACUCUAAUCUAUUUACAAUCUCAACUAAAGAAGGUUUUGUUGAUUCUAUAUUUAAUCAUGAUACAGCUUUUGUGAAUAACAUUAUGUCAUCCAUCAUGUUGCAUAUAUUUUGGUUGAGAUUACACGCCUUUGUUGUUAUAAUAGAUAGAAGGAAUGCGUAUGAAGACGUGCAACAACAUUGGGAAGUGCGUGAUGUUGGUUCUCUAGAUUGA